AUGCUUAUAAUAGGCCUAACCGGCUCCAUCGCAACCGGCAAAUCCACCGUCUCCUCUCUUCUCUCCUCCCCGCCUUACUCGCUCCCCAUAAUCGAUGCCGACCAACUCGCCCGCAAAGUCGUGGAACCAGGAACCCCCGGCUAUAACGCGAUUGUAAACUACUUUGGUCCCAGCACACCGGACCUCCUUCUCCCCGCCGAACAUUCAGACGGGCAAAACACACAAGAUGCGUCAGUGCCACCGAAACCACGCCCUCUGAACAGACCCGCCCUUGGCCGGCGCGUCUUUGGGACGUCCGAAGAACGAAAGCGAGACCGCAUGAUCCUCAACAAGAUCGUCCAUCCUGCUGUCCGAUGGGAGGUCUACAAAAGCCUCCUAUACUACUAUCUUCACGGCUACUGGGCUGUCGUGCUCGACGUGCCUCUUCUUUUCGAGUCCGGCAUGGACCUGAUUUGCGGCACCGUUGUUGUCGUAGGCGUCAGUGACCCGAACGUACAAAUGGCUCGUCUCCGCGCGCGCGACGCACACCUUUCAGCCGAGGACGCGGAGAACCGCGUGAAGAGCCAGGGCGACGUGAAGGGGAAAGUGGAGAAGGCGGAGUUUCGGGGCACAGAGAGUGCACGCGGAGUUAUCGUCUGGAAUGAUGGGGAUAAAGAGGAGCUGGAACGGGAGGUUAGGAAGGCUGUCGCUACAAUUCAGGGAAGGAGUCCGAGGUGGUGGGCGUGGUGGCUGCUUUUGGCGCCGCCGCUUGGAGUCGGGGUUGCGGCUUGGAAUCUAGCUGUUAAUUAUGGAAUCAGGAGAAGGUGGGAGAGGAAGGAGGCUGGAGAGAAGGCAAAGUUGUGA